AUGAAAAACGAUAUCCAGAAUCUGCCCUUUGUGGUAAGUGUGUGUACCUGGACAGCGCUUCAGGUCUCAAGCUUUGGGAUGCCAUGCGCUGAUAGGUAUAUGUAUUCUCAGUUAAGAGACCCGUCCCUCUUUCACACCCGUGCCUACUCUCACGGCACGUGUAUUGAGGCCAAAGGAGGCGGAGUAUUCGAUGUUGAAGAUCCAGGAACAGGCAAGGUCUUCGCGUCAUGCCCAGACCUCACGGUUGAGGAUAUUGAGGAUGUUGUGCAGUCGUCCUACAAGGCAUUUCAAUCGUACCGCCUUGUAAAUCCCAGGGUCCGCGCCCAGCUGCUCCUGAAAUGGCAUGAACUCAUCUGUGAUAACCGUGACGAUCUGGCUACCAUUCUGUGCUACGAGUCUGGAAAACCACUGGUAGAAGCUUAUGCCGAGAUCGACUACGCAACGGGCUUUACAUGGUGGUUUGCUGGAGAAGCAGAAAGAAUCCGUGGUGAUAUUAGCAUACCAUCCGCUCCAAAUCGCCGAGUACUGGUUUUAAAACAGCCGAUUGGAGUCUGCGUUGCUCUAGUCCCCUGGAAUUUUCCUGUUGCGAUGAUCCUGCGCAAAGUGGGCGCAGCUCUCGCUGCAGGGUGCACUAUGAUCGCCAAACCAUCUCCGGAGACCCCUUUGACCGCGCUGACCCUUGCUUACCUGGCCGUGAAGGCAGGGUUCGCUCCCGGAGUGCUGAACGUGGUCACAACAUCAAACAAGAAUACCCCUUCGCUGUCGGAAGCACUAUGCAAACAUCCACUGGUCCAGAAGGUUUCUUUCACUGGGUCAACCAAGAUAGGAAGCAUAAUCGCCAAACACUGCGCUGAGGGCCUGAAAAAGUUAUCCCUGGAACUUGGUGGUAAUUGCCCUUUCAUUAUAUUUUCGGACGCAGACCAAUGUCAGGCACUUGCGCAGCUGACGGCGCUUAAAUGGCGCAAUGCGGGUCAAGCCUGCGUCACUGCGAACCGGAUUUACGUACAGGAGGAGAUCUACGAAGAGUUCCUCACCAAGUUGGUUGGCCACGCAAGAAGUAUCAAACUUGGCCACGGUUCUCGGGAUUCUGUCACUAUGGGUCCCCUGACCACCAUUCGAGGAGUGGAAAAGGUCCGACGUCAAGUGGAGGAUGCCGUCCAGCGAGGUGCUAAAGUGGUUCACGGUGGGAAGGCUCCUGUGGCCAGCGAAUUUGGAUGCGGAUACUUCUUCGAGCCUACCAUCAUUCGCGGCAUGAAUUCCUCGAUGCUAAUCACUCAUGAGGAAAGCUUUGCUCCAAUUGCCGCCGUAUACUCGUUCAGAACAGAGGCGGAGGUGACAAAGUUAGCCAACGACACUGAUAUGGGCCUCGCAAGUUACGUUUUUACCAAGGACAUCGAUCGUUGUUGGCGCAUGUUGGAGAAUCUUGAAACAGGCAUGAUCGGUCUUAAUACCGGUAACUUCUCGGCUGCUGAGAUUCCGUUUGGAGGCAUGAAGUUGUCAGGCUACGGUAAAGAGUCUGGGAAGGAUGUCGCCGUUGCAGAAUAUCUUGUGUCUAAAACGUGUACUAUGACUAUCGAGAAGGAGGUCAAGUAA